AAGGCCUCACACGUAUACAAACCAUUAUAAAAUGUAAUGCAUUCAUAUGGAGUAUGGACGGACUUAAGAAAACCUCGUGAUCCCGUCCAUUUAUAUAUACUCCAAGAAUUCAUAUUAAUUAUACCACGCAAAGAUUAAAACACCGAUUCCGAAACAGAAAGAAAGAAAAAAAAGAAGAAGAUUUAACAAGAAGGAUCAAUAAUUCAAUAUGGCGAGUCUCAUGGACAAAGCCAAGGGGUUCGUGGCUGAUAAACUUGCCGGGGUCGCUAAACCGGAGGGUUCGGUUACGGAUGUUGACCUUAAAGACGUGAACCGUGACUCCGUCGAAUACUUAGCCAAAGUUUCAGUCACCAAUCCUUACGAUCAUGCAAUUCCGAUCUGCGAGAUCAAUUUCACUUUUCACAGCGCCGGCCGGGAAAUCGGAAAGGGGAAAAUGCCGGACCCGGGUUCGUUGAAAGCAAAGGACAUGACGGUUCUUGAUAUUCCUGUGGUGGUGCCGUACAAUAUACUGUUCAACUUGGCUCGAGACGUUGGUGUGGACUGGGACAUUGACUAUUUGCUCGAAAUCGGCCUCACCGUUGAUCUUCCUAUUAUCGGGAACAUUACCAUCCCUAUUACCAGCAAGGGCGAAAUCAAACUCCCUACUUUUAAAGAUUUCUUCUGAUCUACUUAACCUAUAAUACCAAUAUCGUUUGUAAAAUUUUAAAAGACAAAAAACAUCGUUUGUAAUGGUGAUGUUGAUCAUGUAAUAUUAAUAAUGUGGGUUUUGCCUAAAUAAUCAUCAAUAAAUGUUAUUUCGUUGUAUCAACACGUGAUCAAAAGAAAUAUUGGUGGAUU